CAUCAGGAAAUGUUAUUCCUGUGUAGAGGAGCACUGGUGGAUCCGCGAGGCAGUGACGCACUUGCAGCCAGCUGAUCCUUGCAUGGCUGAAGAUGCAUCAGAGUAUCUCAACUCUGUCAGGAAAUCACUUUCCUCCCUAGUCCCCUCUUCUUUUUUCUUUCGACACUUCACAAGCAAAAGUGAACUCCUCUCCUACUUGAUGCUGUGCGUUGCCAAAAUGCCCUUCAUACCGCCAGUGUCCAUUGCACGCUCCAUGUCAGGACUCGCUGGGAAGGAGAGACCCACCAACAACAUUUCAUCUGUAUCUGCUGUGACCAAAGCUAAAGCUUUGAAAGAAGACAAAGGUGGCUCAGUGAAGGAGAGGCUGGCUUUGAACUUGAAACAACUGGGGAAGAAGAGUCAGCCCAGGAGUAAUCUACCAACAACUAAAGGAGUGUCAGGGGCAAACAGAAGGGAAGGCUCGCUGCCUUCAUCCCAGACGGGCAGCUCUCCUGUCACCAGCUCAGAGAGUCUGUCUAAAAGACAGCAGCACAAACACUGCGGUCACACUUCUGUAAAGAGUGACUCACAGGUGAAGCCUGUGAGAACCAAGGAUCAGCAGGAGGUCCGUUUCACUCUGACUCUCACACCCGAGGCUGUCCUCCUGCUGCAGCGGAGAAACAGCGAGAGACACCGGCAACGUUCAGUCGCCAGAAAUCCCGCGAGUGGAGCCACCUUGGCUCCCGGAGGAGCCACGGAGUCCCGACGCAGGAGGGAAAACGUGCCCAAAAGGCAGAGAAACGGCUCUCACAGCGGCAGAGUCACCGCUAAAAACAGCACUGACGCUGAGCUCGGAGACAUAAACUCAAUUCUGAAAAUCUCCCUUUUGAAUGAGCGGCACAAGUACGACGACGUGGAGUACGAGGAAGAGGAGGACUACGGCGUGGAUGAGCGCGUGGUGCUCAAAUGUACAGAGUGGCUACGUGGGCUGGAAAACGCACCAAUGACGGCGGGGAACAGGCUGAGUCGCAGCGCGAGCAGCGUGAAAAGUUUCUGAAGGUGACUGGAAAUGAGCGAGCGCCCGGGAUUAAACGUGCGUUGUCAUGGUCGUGGGGGCAGCAGCCUAAGCAGAGAAGCCCAGACCUCCCUCUCCCCAGCCACCUCCUCCAGUUUAUCCGGAGGACACCAAGGCGUUCCCAGGCCAGCCGAGAGAUAUAAUCUCUCCAGCGUGUCCUGGGUCUGCCCCGGGGCCUCCUCCCGGUGGGACAUGCCCGGAAAACCUCGUCCAGGAGGCACCCAGGGGGUAUCCUUGUCAGAUGCCCGAACCACCUCAACUGGCUCCUUUCGAUGUGGAGCAGCGGCUCUACUCUGAGCCCCUCCCGAAUGGCCGAACUUCUCACCCUAUCUCUAAGGGAGAGGCCAGCCACCCUUCGGAGGAAGCCCAUUUCCGCCACUUGUAUUCGCGAUCUCGUUCAUUUAUUCAGGAUUUCAUUUAUUAAGAGGGAAAUAAACUAUCUAAACCUCCCUGACACUGUGUGAAAAUGAUUUGCCCCUCAGAACAUCCAAAAAACUGCAGGCCUCACUUGUCUCAGUUAAACUCAGUGUCACGAUUCAACAAUAAGAAAGAGACUGGAAAAAAAUGGCAUCCAUGGGGGAGUCAAGUAGAAAAAAACAGCUGACCACAAAAAACACAAAUGCUCGUCUCACAUUUACCAAAAAACAUCUUGAUUAUCCACAAAACCCUAACCACAAAAAUACUCUGUCGAUUGAUGAGACAAAUGCUGAACUUUUUGGAAGGUUUGAGUCCAGUUGCAUCUGCAUAAAAGUGACCCAGUAUUUCAUGACAAGAACAUCAUAGCUACAGUAAAACAUGGUGGUGGUAGUGUGACGGUCUGGGGCUGUUUUGCUGCUUCAGGGCAACUUGCUGUAAUUGACGGAAACAUGAAUUCUCUGAUCUGAAAUAAUAAAUUCAGAUAACACAUUCUCUACCAGAAAAAUCCUGAAGGAGAAUGUGUCACCAUCAGUUCAUGCCCUGAAUCUCAGGAGCACACUUGAGUUAUACAGAAGGACAAUGACUAAGAACACACCAUCACUGAAUGGCUCAAAAACAAAAUGAAGGUUUUGGCAUGGUCUAGUCAAAGUCUGGACUUAAAUCAGAUUGAUAUGCUUUGGCAUGACCAUAAACCUCAGACAACUCACGGUGUAAAAUGCUCCAACGGCGCUGAAUUAAAACAAUUCUGUGCAGAAGAGUGGGGCAAAAUUUCUUCAUAGCACUGUAAAAAAACCAUUAGAAGUUCUCGCAAAUGCGUGAUUGCAUGUCUUUCUGCCAAGGGUGGCACAACCAGUUAUUAGUUUUAGGGGGGAAUCACUGUUUCACACA